AUGCAAACCGAACACGAGGAGACGAGCUUCUCAGCUGAUACAUUAAUGCCAACUGUGUCAACAAUAUGUCCGUCACUUGGAACAGUUGGCAGGUCCAAGACAGAUCCUGGAACGGAUGAUGAACAACCAUCACGAAGUGAUUGUUCUGUCAAGUCGUCGAAACCAUCUUUCGAUUACAAUUUGAAAACAAUCUCAUCUGAUGGUGUCGAUACUAGCAUUUUACCGGCAUUAAACGAGACUAUCGGAUUGACGCCUUAUCAACAGAAAUUAAUCACUCAGUCGUGGCCAAAUAUCUAUUCGAAUGGACCGAAUGGUGUUUUUGCGAGUAAUAUUUACAAUAAUUUAUGCAGUCGAAACACAAAAGCAAAAGCACUCAUGCAAAAGGCGGAUACUGCAUCAGUGUUUGCGCAGAGCGAUAUGGAUUGCUCAACGAUGCAUACAAGACUGACAUUGGAUUUAAUUGAUAACUUGAUCAAAAAUCUUGAUCAAAAACCUGACCGUUUCAUUGAGUAUCUCACCGAUAUCGGACAGCAUCAUCGAUUUCUAAAAGCCGAAGGACUUAGUCAGGCUGCAUGGGAUGAUUUGGGUGAUGCGAUACUGGACGCGGUACGUAAAUUUGACUUGGUCCGAAAGCAUAAAGAAUUACGACGGGCAUGGCUGGCAUUAGUGGCGUUCAUAAUUGAUAAUCUCAAACAGGGACAUACUUCGUUUCGAAGCAGCCGACAAUCAUCCGUCGAUAUUUGCGAUAAUAAAACACUUUAG